UUCCUUAUUGUAGUUCUGGUAUCCAGACGCUGCCUCACAAUGCCAAAGUCCACUACAACUAUGCCAACUUCCUGAAAGACACCGGUCGGCACCAGGAGGCAAUUCACCACUACACCACUGCCCUCAGGUUAUACCCCCGUCAUGCCAGCGCCAUGAAUAAUCUUGGCACUUUGACUCGCAGCCCAGAGGAGGCAGAGAUGUACUACAGGAAAGCACUGGAAACCAACCCUCAGCACAACCGAGCUCUGUUUAACCUGGGAAACCUCUUUAAAUCUCAGGGGAAGGAGAAAGAAGCUGAGACUCUGCUCAAGGACUCGAUUCGCUUUGGUCCACAUUUUGCUGAUGCUUACUCCAGUUUGGCAUCACUCUAUGCUGAACAGAAACGCUUUUCUGAAGCCAAUGAAGUUUAUUUAAAAGGUAUAGAGAACUGUCCCGACAGCUCCGACCUGCAUAACAACUACGGCGUGUUUCUGGUGGAUACGGGAGAAGGACAGCGGGCAGCUGCUCACUACCAGCAAGCUGUGCGACUCAAACCAGCACAUUACGUAGCCAUGGUAAACCUGGGCCGUCUGCUCCGAUCGUCCAAUGAGAAUAAAGAAGCUGAGUCUUGGUACAAAAGGGCACUGCAGGUGACAAGGAAGGUGGACAUUCUGACACCACUUGGAGCAUUAUACUACAACACAGGUCGCUACGAGGAGGCUUUGCAGGUGUACAGAGAAGCUGUGGCCCUGCAACCGGAGAGCACCGACAUCUGGCUGGCUCUCGCUCAGGUUUUAGCAAUGGCUGGUCGUACCAAAGAGGCAGAGAAGAUGAUGCUCGAUGUCAUAUCCAGAAAAGGCAACUGCAUAGAAUGUUACCGCCUCCUGUCUGCAAUCUACAGCAAGCGUGGCAACUACACAGAGGCUCUGGAGGCUUUGGACAAGGCCCUGCAGCAGAAUCCCAGUGACCUGACAGUGAGAGCAGAGCUAUAUUUUUCCAAAGGGAACCAGCUCAGAGAGAUGAACCAGCUGGACCGAGCCUUUGAGAGUUACAAGCUCGCUGUUGAGCUCAAACCAGACCAAUCACAGGCCUGGAUGAACAUGGGAGGAAUUCAGCACAUCAAGGGAGAUUAUGCAGCUGCCAGGAUGUACUACCAACGCGCCCUCCUUCUCAGUCCAGGUUCCAAACUUCUGAAGGAAAACCUUGCCAAGCUGGACCGACUGGAGAGGAGACUGACAGGGGCUGUGUAGACUGGUGCCAGUGACACGACACAGUGGGACAAACACUUGCUCUGGAGCCCAAAGACCACCCAUUAAGACUGUUAAAUAAACUUAGUCUGUUAUGACGAUGGGCUGCGUGUAGGAGAGAAAAGAAGUAGGGUGAACCUCUCAGGCCUUCAAAGAGACUGGCCCCCAACUACAGGCCCAAAGCCUUUCCUGAAGGAUACAAAGAGAAGCUGGUAAGAGCUCUGUGCAUUACCAGCCUGCAUCAGCUUUUCUUCAACAUGCAUAUCUGUUUUCAACAUUUGCGUUUCAUUUUCUUUAAGGCACUUAAUCAGAGAUCUUCCUGAGCUCUGUGCUCUGCCUUUGAAAAUGAUUCACAUAUUUACAUUAAUGCAAUAAAAGUGUGCAGAUUUAAUGAAGGGAACGAGUGGGCAGGUAUUUUCCUGACCCUAAGGUAUGAAUAAUAAAAUGAUGUAGGUUCAGAAGUCACCUGUUUACUUUGGGGUUCUUUCAGCUCAUGGACACGGAGAACAUCAGAGCCCACUGUUUCAUGCAAACAAACCAUGUCCCAACCUGACAUAAGACACCUACACUUCACACAAAGACAUUUUUGUGAAUGAAUGCCCAUAAACGGAGGUGUAUCGAUUAUUUUUAUGCUUUUGCAUGAAUUAAUAUUGAAGACAAAUCUCAAAUCAAGACCAAGUCACUUGGUCUUGAUUUGAGAUUUGGUCCAAGUGUAACCUAACUGUUGGUAAGCCUCAGAGCCAAACAUUUAUGAUGUUGGUAACGUCCAGCUUCUGAAAAUUCCAAAUCCCAGCCAGCAAUGAUUUCCAUCUCCGUCAGUAUCACAGCAAGCCAACUCACACAAACUCUUGGAAUGUGCUGUCAUUUGGAUUGUUGUUCUUUAUCAAUUCAAAAUGAAGCAUCUCAGCAAAGUUUUUGAUUACUUAUUAUUUUAAAAUGAGUGGUAGUACAAUGUGGCUUUGGAGUUGGAAUCAAUCAGGCACAUUUAACUCUGAGCAACUCUGAAAUUCAGCAGAGGAGCUCUUUGCUGAAACAGUGUCUUGAUGCUCUGAUAUUGUAUCCACGGGACACAAAAGUAGUCCCAUUUCUGCUGUUACAGUUUAUGGCUCCUGCCCUCCAGCAGCUGGGGACUUUCAGACUGCUAACUCUGAACUUCUCUGCAGCAGAAGGAAGUUUUGGCUUGACUGGUUCCUUGUACAUUGUUCAGUGGUAUAAGUGUAACAAUGAUAUGAUUGUAUUCUCUGAUACAUUGUGUCCAUCAUCAAAAAUCACACAGGCAGUGUUACGCUGUCUUGUUUGCAGCAUUGUCUGUCCUCAGACUUUUAACUUUACAUUUUUAGAAAAUAAAAUUUCCAAACUCUAAUUGAAAAUGAGCAAACAUCAGAUGGUGAAUAAAAAUUUAAAUGAGUUCAUUACAGACAUCAGAUUGCCUCUGUCUAUAAUGUUUUUUCAGCUAAGAUAAGCAACGCACACCGCUAUCAUACUUGAGCUCCAUUCUUGGGCCUCAUGAUUAAAUCAGUAACUAUAUUAACUAAAGAAGGUUAUUUAAAGAUCUGCAAAGUAAGUGGAGUUUAUAUUUGUAUAUCCCAAUGGGAAAUAAGGACAGAUUCAUUUGGAUCCCACUCUGCUGGGAUAUUUAAAUGAAUAUAUGUGUAAAGCUCUCUUAAAAUGUCAUUAUUCUGGUAACAGCUGCUUCCUCUCUAGAUUACCUAAAUCAUAUUUAUCUGAUCUCCACUUAUGGCAGAAGCUAGAAUAAACAGCCUGAUGUCACAAGUCUUCAGCAAGUAGAAUAAGUUAAUGUGUCGGCUCCUGUGUGGAGCUCCAACUUAUGGGUUCAUGUGCAACAUAACCUCUGAGGAAUGCUGUUUCGCUGAUCGUUGUGGUUUUAUUGAUUCUCUCGAGUUAAUUUUAUUGUGGAAUGCCAAUGAGAUGAAAGUGAAGUGAUUAGUGCAGUGACUGGGUUGCACCAAGAAAAUAAAAUAUAUCUUUUAUUAAAUGGUGUUUGGAGUUGUUCUUCUUUUAAAUGUCUAAGAAAAAAACAUGAAAUAUUC